UCCGCUCGCCAGCCUGCGCAGAUGUUUUACACCAGCCGCAGUUACACCGCUUCUCUCACGAGUCCCAGUAAACCUGAGCUACUUUAAGAGGCGGAAGUGCAAAGGGGCGGAACUCAUCCAACCAGCCGUCCAGCCAGCCAGUCAGUCAGCCGGCCAACCAGUCAGCCAGCCAGUCAGCCAGUCCACCUCCUGCCGCAAAGCAGACCGCAGCCUGGACUCACUUGUGAAGAAAAACAGAACGAAACGUUGACAAAACAGCAGGAUAAAGCCCAGCCUGCAGACGGGAUUACCGGCCGAACCGAACCGGAGAGAAACUUCUUCCAGGUCCAGAAAAACUGCACCCCAAACACGGAUGUGACCGCGACGCUGUCUACUUUUCCGGGAAGUUAGAAAAGUUUGGUGGUGAAGCUCGCUGUCAUGCCAGAAGGAGCUCAUUCCUCCUCCUGUGACGUCCCCAUGGGUGAAGAAUCCCCUCGGCUGUCCACCGCCUCCAUCAGCAGUAAUGAGUUUGCUCCGUCGGCCACGCCCUCUGACGGUUCGGACCUUCCAUCGUCCGGCCAGCGCCCCAUCAGCCUGAUCUCCACACUUUCCUCGGGCUCCGCAUCCUCACGUGACGACUGCCAAGUCCUGCCCUCUAACUCUGGCCCCACCACAGAGAGCAUUGGCUCGGAUGUGAGUCCACCAGGUGACACUGGCAAGCAGACUCAGACACACCCGGACAUGGAGGACCCAGCCAUGGAGGGACGUCACCUUGGCAGCGGGCAUUUCCUCCAACAGAACAACAACAACGCCGCCGGUCAUAGCCAGCAAGUGCACGCAUCACCAUUCAAAGCCAAAACCAAAAAGAUGGCGCCCAACCCCCAGCUGACCUACCUGGACCGCGUCAUCAUGGAGAUCAUCGAGACAGAGCGCACCUAUGUCAGAGACCUGCGCAUGAUCGUAGAGGAUUAUCUAGCUCAUAUCAUUGACCAGGCAGAUCUCUCCAUCAGACCAGAGCAGGUCUGUGCUUUGUUUGGAAACAUAGAAGACAUCUAUGAGUUCAACAGUGAGUUGCUGCAGACUCUGGAUCGGUGUGACAAUGACCCGGUGGCCGUCGCUCGCUGUUUUGUCAUGAAGAGUGAGUACUUUGAGAUUUACACGCAGUACUGCACCAAUUACCCAAACUCGGUUGCUGCCCUCACAGAGUGUAUGAGGAAUAAAUCUUUGGCGAAGUUCUUCCGGGAGCGUCAGGCGUCCCUGAAGUGUUCCCUUCCUCUGGGCUCCUUUCUUCUCAAACCCGUCCAGCGGAUCCUUAAAUACCACCUGCUGCUCCAGGAGAUCGCAAAGCACUUUGACCCGGAGGAGGAAGGGUACGAGGUGGUGGAGGAGGCCAUCUACACCAUGACUGGUGUGGCCUGGUACAUCAACGACAUGAAGAGAAAACACGAACAUGCUGUCCGCCUGCAGGAGGUCCAGUCUCUGCUGUUGAAUUGGAAAGGUCCUGACCUCACUACGUACGGUGAGCUGGUUCUGGAGGGAACCUUUAAAGUACACCGGGCCAAAAACGAACGCACCCUCUUCCUGUUUGAGCGCAUGUUGCUCAUCACCAAACGCCGCGGCGAACAUUUUGUCUACAAGACGCACAUCUCAUGUUCGACCCUCAUGUUGAUCGAGAGCGCCAAAGACUCACUCUGCUUCAGCGUCACACAUUACAAACACCCCAAACAGCCUCACACCGUCCAGGCUCGGACGGUGGACGAGAGAAAGCUGUGGGCUCAUCACAUCAAACGGAUCAUUCUGGAAAACCACCAUGCCAUCAUCCCCCAGAAGGCUAAGGAAGCCAUCUUGGAAAUGGACUCCAUCUACCCGUCAAAGUACCGCUACAGUCCAGAGAGGCUGAAGAAAGCUCUGUCCUCCCAGUCCGACCAGUUCCUGCGAGGUGGCCGACAGGGGCGGCGCCAGUCAGAGCCGACCAAACAAAUCCUGAAGAACAGCAAAGCCAUUCUGAAGCAUGCAGAUAGUGACGGCACCUUACCAGAGGACACGUGCCCCCUACAGCCCACCAGCAGCCACAGCACACCGUCUGCCACACUCGCCCAGUCUGACACCAAGAGGCCAGGUGUGGGUGAAGAGGAGGAGGAGGAGGAGAAGAACUCUUUGGAAGUGCUUGCUGAUAGCGAGGAGGAGGAGCGGCAGGAGUGUCCCCUGCAGGAGAGUGACACAGAUGAGAUGGUGAUGGAGGGAGACCAGGUAGCUGACUUUGCAGCUUCCAUGCUGGCGGCCAUCUCCUGCUGGCACUAUCGAGCCACCGCUUUGCUUUCCAUGAGGGGGGUCAUGACGGAUGAAAUGGGAGGAGAUGUCGCUGAGGAGAACAGACAAGUCCUCAGCCAGGGGCAGGAACCUGAGAGUCAGGGGGAGGAGCAUGAGAGUCAGGGGGAGGAGCAUGGCAGCCCUCCCCAAGAUGAGCAGGAGAAAACAUCAGACUCUGCACCUCAUUCCUCUCCUCCACCCCACUGGGGCUUCAUCUCCCGCCCUGGGGUAGAAGCUCCAUCACCCGGCAGAGAAUCAGACAACACGGAAGAGCAGGCACCCGCUACACCUGAGUCUGACUCAAAGCCCUUGACCAGCGGAGAGUCUUCUGAGGAAGAGGAGGAUGAGGAGAGGGAGGAAGCAGAUAAGGGGCACGAAGAUCACAGCAUCCUGCCAUCCUCGGUCCUGGACAAAGCCAGUGCCAUCGCUCAGCACUUCAGCAGCAGCACCAGAAGGAGCAGCUUGGCUAAUGAGGACAGCCGCUCCCUGGGCUGUCCAUCACCAUGCCUCCCCAGCAGGAGCGGCAGCAUCCUCAGCUUGGGAGCUGAGCCCAGUGACAGGCCCCUCCCACUAAACAGCAAUUCCUCUGAGAACCAAGAGAACUUCAUUAGGAGGGAUUUGACCCUCCUGUCUCCAGGGGAGGACAAAGUCUUUGACGGUGAUGGAAGAAGCUGUAGGAGGAGGGACUCCACCCUCUCCAAGCAGGACCAGCUCCUCAUCGGGAAAAUUAAGAGUUACUAUGAGUCUGCUGAGAAUCAGGAUGCCUCCUUCUGCCUCCGGCGCCGUGAGAGUCUGACAUACAUCCCCAGUGGACUGGUCCGGAGUUCUGUCAGCCGACUCAACAACAUCCCAAAAGACAAAACCCCAGCAGAGGAGAAACAUGUGAACUGCCCUUCCAUUCCCAACUCCUUCACCACAGAACCAGACUCCUCCUUAGCUGCACCUCCACAAGGUCACGUGGUCUCCAGUUCACCAUUGGAGUUCUUGGAGUCAACUCGGAAGAAGGAGGAGCCAGGUUUCUCUGUAGAAGAAAGCCUUAACAUGGGCAACUUGAAGGACAAGCCAAUUGAGGAUGAGGAGUUCAGACCUUCUUCUGAAAUGAUCAAAGUCUGGCAGGCGAUGGAGCGAGAGAUGAACAGACUGCAGGACAAAAGACGAGGAUGUGAGAAACACCAGGAGGCCCAAAGAACCUCCAGAACUGCUCCAAGUCCAUCCUCCAGAACCACUCCAGGUCUGUCCUACACAGACAAAGCUGGCGGAGAGUCAGAGCUCAGCACCAUCAUGGAAGAAUCCACAAAACAGUCUCCUCCUAAAGCCAAAUACCCAGGCUUGAACCGAGCAGGAAGUCUAAAGGACACUCUCAAACUGUGGGGGGAGGAGGUUGCCACCUGGAGGCCGCCGGUUCCCCGUGUAGUCCAGCUGAGGGCAGAGGCGGAGCCAGCCGAGGAUUCAGACCAGACCAAGAGUAAAGUACUUCAUCUGGCCCGUCAGUACAGCCAGAGAAUCAGAACCAGCAGAGCCACAGUCCGCCAGCGCCAUCCAGACCUCCUGAUGGAUGGGAGGAACCUCCCAUCUGUCAUGGAGGAGGAGAGCUGCUCAGGUAAAUCCAGUCUGUCGCUGCCACUGUCCUCCAACCACAAUGUCUCCUCCUCACAGUUGAGUCCUGUGGAGAACCUCCAGUCUUUGAGUCUGGCUCCUCCCUCCAGUCCACACCCCAUCUCGCUGGCCCAGCAUUCCAGGAGCCCACUCAGUCCACCUCCCAUGGAGGGCUUCCAUUGGCCUGACGUUCGAGAGUUACGCUCCAAGUACAUCUCCUCCGACAGCCAGCAGUCACACCCCAUCAGCAGGAGCCGCUCGGUUCCAGAGAGGAUGUUGGAUGGCAGCUCAAAGAGACGAUCCAGCUGCUCCUCCCGCCUCUUCCUGUCUGAGGGAGGUCCUGUGGCUCCCCCCCCUUACAGAACACAUCUGGGCAGAGACAAUGGGCAAGGAGAGAGCAGAAUGAGGCUCCACCGGGCCAACUCCCUGGACCAUCGGCUGAGCAGUCUUCAUCUGAACCAGUUACAGAGCCUUCAGGACCCAGUGCCCCACAGUGGCCUUGACAGUUACUACAUCUCUGCUGAGGCUUCUCUGGCCGAAGACAGUAGCCAUAAGAUCAUUGUUAUGGAGAAGCUUCCAGAACAAAAACCAGAGCCAGCGAAAAUGGCCAAGGAGGCCGAAGAGGAAGAAGAGGCACAGAAUUAUGUCCAGAUCCGCUCGCCAACCAGCAGAGAGAAGAUCUCUAUCAUGGCUGUGAUUGACCGCUGUCGGGCCUAUCAGGAUUCAGAGGAAUACAAGCAGCGGCAGGAGGGCGGGAUCAAAACAGAGCCAGUCCUAUUGGGGGGGUGGAGCAAAGAGCUUGACAGAGGUGGCGGAGUGUCCAAUGAGCAGCAUGAUGAGGUCCAGAAAUCAAAUGCCAACCAAGAGGUGGCUCAACAGAGCCUGGUGAAAAAUCUGAGAGAGAAGUUCCAAAACCUUCAGUGAACAAACAGAAACCAGUCAAGAUUUUAACAGAGCCUCUAUUUUGUAAAGCUCUCAAAUAGCAGCUGUAGAGAUUUUUAUGUGAAUGACAAAAAACAAACAAACGAACAAACUAACGUGGUUCUUAAAUCCAGGAGAGUAUCAUUCUCUUCUAAAACAUGCUGCUUGUGUUCAGAACCAGAAAACCUUCUCAGUUUUACCACUUAUGUCAGAAUUAAGUUCCUAGUCAGUUAACAGACACUAUGUUAUCCGAUAUUAUGAGGUUAAAGAGCUGAAUUAUCCUACAGUGGAUUGUAGGUGUAAGUGUAGAAAUGUGUAAAUAUUCUGUACAUUCCUCAGGAACCGCUGUGCCGGCUGAACUUUUGUUAAAAAGCAAGUUUUUGUAUGAACCAAACAGUUUGAAUGAUUUACUGUAAGUCAUCAGAGGAGGUCCAGCCUGGUGAUUUCUACAUGACAGAAAAUUGAAGUUCAUUGAAACAGGAAAUUAGGUUGUUUAUAGCAGGAAAUUAGGUUCUGAGAGUUGAAUAAGCUCUAUAAUGUACAAACAGACUGACUUAUUAAUUCUGUACAAGUUUUAUUUCAUGAUAGAAGUGCAAUGUUGGGGGAAUGAUGGUCAAUACACUAUAAGAGAUUAAUCUUCUCUCUACUUCUCAUCGGACACGAGGACUAACCACUAAAUCAAACACAGUCCAAAGAAUUUUUUCAUAUAUUUUAAAACACUUGAAAGUGGCUAAACACUGGAGAGGUUCAUUCCCUGUUCUGUAAGGUGACAUCUCAACACUGCCAACAAAUUCAUCUCGAUCAAGUCAUAUUCCAGUUUCCCAUGAGCAAAGCUCUUCCAGAGAAACUGAACAGGAAGUAGAGAUAUGUUCUGGCAGAACCGACUGCCAACCCACUGAGCCUGGCACGGCACGGCGCUGUUAGCCGGUGUGUGUUGGAGACGUUUGGUUGUGUAAAGUGGAAAUGUUCACCCCGGCAUGUUGGUGGUAUUUAUUGAUCUGAUGUAAAUAUGAUAAAUAUUGAUCUGUCUUUCUGUAUCUGUGGUCCUGUACAUGAUUAUGUAAAAGAUGUACAGAGAUGUUUACAGCGCCUGGCAAUGGCAUCCAUACCACAAUAAAAGCACAUAACACCG